GCAUCAACUAGCGCCCAAUAAUCUAGUGAAAACAAACACCCACGCAGUUGACAGCUGCUUCAAAAAUAAAAAAGCAUCGCCAAUCUGUAAUUUUCAGAUCAUUUCCGCUUGAAAUGGGUUGUUUCGGACGUUUCCACUAACGGAAGUGAGUUUCCAGCCUCUGUGGUUCCCACCUGCCUGAAAGGAUCAUAAAAAGAUUCAAGAUGCUGCGAGAAAGUUCUAAGGCAUGGAGCAACGGCUCAGAAGCCUACAGCAGCGAUCCAGAAGAGGAUGAGGAAGAGGAAGAGGACAUGGUGUUUGGGGAGAGUGAUCAGGAUGGCAUUGCAGAGGAGAUGAUGGACCUAAGCGACCUUCCCACAGCUCUCUUUGCAUGCAGCGUCCAUGAAGCUGUGUUUGAACAGGAUACACACAGGGAGAGAUUUGAAGCAUUGUUCAGGAUCUACGACGAACACACAACUUUCCAGAUGUUCAAAAGCUUCAGGAGAGUCCGUAUCAACUUCAGCACCCCAGAAGCAGCUGCCCGCGCUCGCAUCGAGCUGCACGAAUCCGAGUUCAACGGCAAGAAGUUGAAACUCUAUUUUGCUCAGAUCCAGAACGGCGAUGAGGACAUCGACAAGUCGUAUCUGGCACCCCCCCAGCCAGUUAAACAGUUUCUGAUCUCGCCGCCUGCCUCACCACCUGUGGGCUGGAGCCAGAGUGAAGACGCUACACCUGUCAUCAACUACGACCUGCUGUGCGCUGUAGCCAAGCUAGGGCCAGGUGAAAAGUAUGAACUCCACGCAGGGACAGAGUCCACCCCCAGUGUGGUCGUCCACGUGUGUGAGAGUGAAACAGAGGAAGAUGAGGCGGCACGGCCAAAGCAGCAGAUUGUCCAGACCAGACGUCCCGACGGGCCUCCAACGGUCUUUAACUAGAGAGGUCCCUCCACCCACCUGACAUCAGUGCGGUCCCUGACCGCCCUUUAAACCUGCAACACACCUGCCCUCUCUCUCUCGUCUCUGCACUCACAGAGAGCGUCGAUGCCCCUCAUUUCAGUUCAACUGCAAGCAAAAACAAACCAACAAACAUUGCUCAAAGACGGUGUUUGUGGGGGAGCGUGGCGAUGGAAUGAGGCGGCUUGAAGGGAAUGGAUGAGAAUCACACACAUACACUCAUCACAUUCUGGGGACAGCGUGGUGAUUGGCGGGCAUGCUUGCCUCCACCCCACCAAUGCCCCUCGUUUUCAGCAAGGGGGUCAAAAUACCUGUCCCACCGCAGGCACCUGUCACUUAUCACACACCCUCAGCUCUCAUUGCUAGUCCUGCUCAGUAGCUUGCUUGUCGGUUAGCUUGUUAGCCGUACCUCUCCUUUGGUAUCACAGUCAUGUGUACAGUAAUAUUUGCUUACAGACUUGCAACACCUCAAAGCAAAGACAUUUUUUAUUUUAUUAUUUUUAAAUUGUUUUCUGAUGAUAUAAAUCGAUAAAAACAGACUAUUUUUCUUCUUUUUCAUCCACUUUCAUAUCUGCUGGUUUGCUUGCAUCAGGAUUGAGUGUGUGAUGUUCCCGUUCUUGUCUGCAUGUAUAUACUGUAUUACGAAAAUAAUAAAAACAACUAAAAAUAUAUCAUACAGAAAGAGAAAUACUAAUAAGUUGUCUGAAGAAAAAGGAACCUAUUUAACAUCACACACAGCACGAAGCGCCAUAUGUGACUAACAAGGUUGUGGUGGUUUGAUUUUUUUUUCUUUGUUUUUGUCUUUUUUUUUUUUUUUUUUUGCUAAACUAAAUGUGUAUUCUUACUAUGUAUUUGAUACCCCAAUACUGUUUGCAUGCCUAGUUACUUCAAUAGAUGAGGAGCUGAGGUGUUUUUUUUUUUUUUUGUUUGUUUGUUUUUUUAUUAUUUGUGAUGACAGGGAAAUGCUGUGACGCUUUCGACACAAGUGCAUAUUCCCAGCAGUUUAUAGUGACGUCCUUUUUGGGGGGAAAAAACUGAAUGAGGUUUUUUAUAAUAGUGACGGCUCAUUCUUCAGCUUGAUGACAAAUUUACAUUUGUCGCUUUUGUGGAGAUUUGAUGGAUCAGAGACACUUCCUCCUCCCCAUUUCUUCAAGGGGUUUGGGAUGUUUUGUUUUCUGAUUGUGUUUGCUAUACUUCACAUCUUUAAUAUCUUGAUUUCACUAAUCAAAUCCACCUUUAAUGUGUCAGGUUUCCUCUGAAACCAGCUACUGCUUGUUUUGCACUGAGAAGUUUUUUUUGAUGUCUCCAAGCAAUUGCAGGACUCGUGACCGUCUCCUGCUGCACACCAGAACACUGCUCUGCUUCUUGCUAUACAUGAUGAGCAGUAAAAUAUGUGGAUAUACUCCAUUUAGAGAUUCAAGAUUCAAGAUUCAAUUGCAGCUUUCCUGAAAGCAUUUCGUAGAGAAAAGGGGAAAAUUAGAUUCCCUCAUGAGAUACCAACUGACGUAUCAACCAAAGCAUUCACUCACCUCACAUUGUCAUGGCAACAUAUUAUUUUUCAUACUCACUAAUAUAGCUCAUUGAAAUAAGUACAGAGAAAACAUGUUUUGCCCACGUAGCCGUGGUGGUUUCUCUUUUUUUUUGUAUAGCUCAUUUGACUUUUAUUGCAGUGUAUUCUUAAACUUGUUUUAUUUUACAUUCUUUACUAUAAAUAUUUCAGUUCUUGGGACGCAACAUGAGCAAAUACUUUUAACUGGGCUUUUGGAUGUUAGAGAUGAGUCUGAACAUUUUCAAUAUUAUUAAGCAGGCAUGAAAUCUGAAUAUACUUUUAUGCUAUAAUAAUAUUACUUAGCAAAAGACAAGUCUGUGUGCAUGUGAGCACUUUACUAUUAGUGUUUCCUUUAUUUCUUUCAUAGUCUUUUAGACAAAGUUGGAAGCACAUUUCUUUGUUUUCUUGAGAUUUUUUUCUUCCAUCUUGAGCUAAACACCUGGUUAGCCUUUUCACCAGCAUAUUACAGUGAGUGAAACACUCCCUUUCUGCCUCGUGUGAACCUUUCAGGCCUUUUGGAUCUGUGAGUGUACUUCUGAAAAGGCGUUGGCAUGUAACACAGUUGGAGGUUUGAAACGAGGUGGGAUGACAGAGCAAAACAAAAACCAAUACCUUUUUGUUUUUGUGUUUGUCCAUGAGAAAUAUUUAUUUUCUGAGAAAGCGAAAUGGUUCUGUGAAAUGCAGGGUGCUGUUUUACUGCAGUAAAGCUGUCGCAGUUGUCCGAGCAGGCGGCAUCGUGGUGGAUGGUGAUCAGGAGGAAACGCACUCAUGAAGUUUUAUGUUUUUUUUUUUGUUUUGUUUUGUUUGUUUUUUUACUGUGUGGUCAUUGUGUUUCAGAGUGGUGCACUUUGGUCACAGUUGAUCAGAAAAUGUAUAUUUAUGUACAUAAUAUGCCUUUUUUUCUGUUGCUGAGGCCAGUCCCAGUGUGCAGUUUGUUAUAGCUUCUCUUGGCACUGUUGUAAUGGAAACAAACAAAAAAAAAAGACAAAAUGUGUAAAAUUAAGUCCUGAAGAUGCUCAAUCAAAACAAACUGUCAUGGUGUUGUGUUCAACAUGGACUCGGUUUGAAUGUUUCUUUGAUUUAUGGGGAACGUCUACGAAAAAGCUCAAUAAUACCGUUAUAACUGUCACUGUUGUACUGUUUCUGUUGAAAUCUGAAUAAUGUGUCUUGUAUUGUAGAAAUCCAGAAAACAAAGUAGCAAAAUAAGCAAUAAUUUACAGUUCUAUAAUACCAGUAUGUGUAUUUUACAUGUUCUGUACUUAUUUCUCAGACAUGGUCUCUGUCUCUGACAGUAUCCGCUUCUAUUUGUGUAGUAUGAUAGUCAUUUGUUUCACAUAAAAAAAAGUACAUAAAGACUUAUUCUUAAAAGCCA